AUGUCCGCCCCGCCUAAAUUUCCCGGGACCGGCCUGGAGGAAGUGAAUGUGCCGGGCCAGAGCUUUCUGCGUGAAGCAUUGUCCUGCUGCGAUGACCCUCUGAAGGCGAUUGAAAACUUCCAGCUCGAAAACGGCAUCCUGUUGCCAUCGCUGCGCCCGAUGCUCCCGCUGCUCGAUUUGCACGGUGUGCGGAGGUUGGACUUUCACACGUCCGUACUGGAGGAACUGCGGGAUAAACUGAUCGCUCACAUCAACGAGGUCGGGGCCAAGGAGGGCCGCGAGAGAGACCGUAAACUGAAGGAGCUGCUGGUGAAAAGUUUCCCCGUGGUGCGCGUUAAAGCCCUACGGCCAGUGGUGAUGUGUAUCCUGCGCAACACGCCCCACAUCGACGACAAAUACUUGCGCAUACUGGUGCGCGAUCGGGAGCUGUAUCAGGACACGGACACGGAAGUGAAGCGGCAAAUUUGGCGCGACAAUCAGUCGCUGUUUGGCGACGAGGUGUCUCCGCUGCUCUCGCAGUAUAUCCGCGAGAAAGAGCACAUUCUGUUCGAUCACCUGAACCUCACGAACCUGUUCUUCACCCCAACGCCGAAGGUGCGCCGGCAGGGCGAGGUGGUGCAGAAGCUGGCCCACAUGAUCGGCAACAGCGUGAAGCUGUACGAUAUGGUGCUACAGUUUCUGCGGACACUGUUUCUUCGCACUCGGAACGUGCACUACUGUACGCUGCGGGCGGAGCUGCUGAUGGCGCUGCACGAUCUGGAGGUGCAGGACAUCAUAUCGGUGGACCCGUGCCACAAGUUUACGUGGUGUCUGGAUGCUUGCAUCCGCGAGAAGAAUGUCGAUAUUAAGCGAUCGCGCGAGCUGCAAGGGUUCCUCGACAACAUCAAGCGUGGCCAGGAGCAGGUGCUGGGCGAUCUGUCGAUGACACUGUGCGAUCCGUACGCGAUCAACUUCCUGGCCACGUCGGCCAUCAAGAUUCUGCAGCAUCUGAUCAACAACGAGGGUCUGCCGCGCGAAAACACGAUCCUCAUCCUGUUGCUGCGCAUGCUGGCGCUGGGCCUUUCGGCGUGGAUUAUGAUCGAUUCGCAGGACUUUAAGGAACCCAAGCUGGACAGUCAGGUGGUGACGAAAUUUUUGCCCGCCCUCAUGUCCCUGAUGGUGGACGAUCAGGUGCGAAACCUACACUCGAAGUUUCCACCGGACGAGCGCGAAAGUGCCAUCACGAUCAUCGAACAUUCCGGACCGGCGCCCGAUGCCGUCGAGGCGUACAUUCAGGAGAGCGCGGUGGCUUCGAUUCUGGCCAUGUACUACACGCUGCACACGGCCCGCCAGAAGGAUCGCGUGGGAAUCCUGCGCGUCAUGGCGAUACUGUCGUCGUGCAAGGACGAUCGGGCGUACGAGGAUCCGUUCCUGCACUCGCUGAUCGCGCUCAUCAUUCCGAUGUCGGACGAGUUUGCGAACGAAGACUUUUGUACCGGACUGUUUGACGAGUUCCUGUUCGCGGGGCUUACGCGUGACAACGUGACGCGCCACAUGCUCAAGCUGCUCUGGUACAUUCACCAGAAGCUACCCCAGGCCCGACUGAUGACCCUGAUGAAGGCGCUGCAACCGACGGCCCAGCAUCACGAGAGCGUUCACAAACUGUACGAAAACCUGCAGAAACGGGUCGGGGCACUGCACCAGGAGCCGGCGCCCGAACCGAUGGAGACGGAUUUCGACUCACCGUUGAAGAGUGUCCCCACACCAGGGCCCCACUAUGUUAGCUAACGGGAAGGACGUAUCAGCGAAAUAUAAAUGCCCGGACAGUGAGGCAAAGUUCAAAUUUGCUCCCUUCUUCUUUAUUGGCAG